ACCGAGGAAGGGACGACUGGCAGAAUUGAAAAUCCGAGACACUGACUAAGUGGCUCUGUUUGUUCGCAUUAGAUUCUAAAGGUGUUGCCAAAAAUGGACAACGGAAAGGUCCGCUUUUGGAAGCUCGAUCAUUUUGAUCCAACUUCACCGCUCACGACCACCUGAACCUUGCUCUGUCAACUUCCCAAGUAUCUACCAACGAUAUGGUACUCUUUUUCACGUCUAAAGCUGUGGAUCCUCCUGUAACCCUCUACAUGGGAAAGGAUAAAGUCGAGAAUGAAGACCUCAUAAAAUAUGCUUUCCCUGAAGAUAUCUGGUUCCAUGUGGACAAACUCUCCUCAGCACACGUGUACCUUCGAAUGCCAGAAGGCAUGACCUGGGAAAACAUCCCAGAACCUCUCCUCAACGACUGUGCACAACUCGUGAAGGCCAACUCGAUUGAAGGAAACAAGAAAGAUAACCUUACGAUCAUCUAUACCCCGGCCGAUAACCUCAAGAAAACCGGCGAUAUGGCUGUUGGGCAGGUGUCGUUCCACAAUGAUAGGCGGGUCAAACGAGUAUAUGUUGUCAAGCGCGAAAAUCCUAUCGUUAACAGACUGAACAAGACUAAGGUCGAGCGUCAAGUGGAUCACGAGGAAGAACGUAUCGAGCGUAUCAAGAAAGAGAACGCAGCUCGUCGAGCCGUAGCCGCGGCGAAGAAAAAGACAGAUGCAGAGCUAGCUAAAGCCCGAGAAGCUGAGAAGGCUGCAAGGUCUUACGACUCCUUGUUCUCUGGAGAGUCCCUGGAAGAAGAGGGCGAACAGCCGAAGAAAUCGGUACGGGAACUGGAAGAGGAUUUCAUGUAAACGUUCUAGGUGCGGAUACAAUGUACAGAUAUUUGGUUCUAUGUCAUUUGCUCUUGACUCAGUUCCCGGACGUUCAGUCCUAUCAAUUCUUUGCUCAUUC